AUGGAUGCUCAAGAACUUCAACAGUACUAUGCGGACGCACCCCCCAGCGUUGUGAGGCUUGAGAUAGAGAAGCAUUUUGAUGCAUUAACUGAUAAACAAAAAAGAUAUGCGCACUUCGCUAGCAGAGCGGCGUUUCAAGGUACUAGAAUUGUAGCGAGGCAAAUAUCUCCCGAAUCUGAGCCAAUAUUUGAUUUCAUAUUGGCCCUCCACAAGAGCAGCGGCGGUGACUGGAAAGCCUUACAGGCCAAGGCCGGCAUAGCAGAUGCGGACUUAGACCACUUCUUGCAGUAUGCUGCCCAGUUCCUGGGAAAUAAUGGCAACUACAAGAGCUUCGGUGACGCCAAAUUCAUCCCGCGAUGCUCCGAAUCCGUGUUCGCCGCACUAGCUGCAACAUCCCCCGAUGCUCAGAAGUUCUAUAAUGCCACUUCCGGUGCCAUCUUCUCUGCUGAUAAACCUGCUUUGUUACACCUGGGUUACCCAGAGCAAGGGCACUUAACCACCUACUACCCCGGAUCGCCUGAUAUCACCAAAGUCGAAAUCGACGCUAUUUCAUUAUGGAUGGAGAAGAAAGGACUGCUCCCAGAGAACACCCGUCUCGUCAAGAAAAAGGACGGUUCGUAUGAUAUCCACAUAGCUUCUGCAACCCGUACUAUUCCUAAUGGAGGAGGUGAUGCUGGAAAGGAGACUACAUUCAAAAUCGAGGACGGUACACUGGCUGGAAAGACAGUUAACCUAGUCUAUGGUGACUAUUCUGAGGAGUUGGCCGCGAUUACGGCGAGCGCAAAAGGGGCAGCGGAAAAUGCGGACAAUGAUAUCCAGCGAAAGAUGUAUGACGCCUAUGCAAAGUCAUUCGAGGAGGGAUCACUACUCGCAUUCAAGGAUAGCCAAAGAUUUUGGAUCCGAGACAAAGGUCCGGUGGUUGAGUCUAACAUCGGUUUUAUCGAGACGUACCGCGACCCUGCUGGUAUACGAGCCGAGUGGGAAGGUUUUGCCGCUGUGGUCAAUCUAGAACGCACUCGAGCUUUCGGGGCUCUUGUGGAAGCUGCCCCCUCUCUCAUUCCAAUCUUGCCGUGGGACAAACACUUCGAGAAAGACAAUUUCCUCUCUCCGGAUUUUACAUCGCUUGAGGUCUUAACAUUCGCCGGCUCAGGAAUUCCAAUUGGAAUAAAUAUUCCCAACUACGAUGAUAUCAGGCAAACUGAAGGUUUUAAGAACGUGUCUCUCGGUAAUGUGAUGAGCGCCAAGGCACCGGACGAAAAGAUUCCAUUCAUUGCAGAGAAAGACCUGGACAUUUUCCAACGCUAUCGCGAUGGGUCCUUCGAAAUCCUCGUUGGUCUUCACGAGCUCACAGGACACGGUUGUGGUAAACUAUUACAGGAAACCGCCCCUGGAGAAUUCAACUUCGACAAAGAAAACCCUCCGAUCUCUCCACUCACCGGCAAGCCUGUUACAACAUGGUAUAAGCCGGGCCAAACAUGGAGCUCCGUCUUUGGUAGCUUGGCGGGUUCGUACGAAGAGUGUCGUGCAGAGCUUGUGGCGAUGUACCUUGGAUGUGAAUUUCCCGUCUUGAAGAUCUUUGGCUUCGGAGACGGAUCAGUCGACAUGGACGGCGAAGCAGGUGAUGUGCUCUACGCUUCCUAUCUCUCCAUGGCCCGAGGUGGUCUUACAUCGCUUGAAAUGUGGGAUCCUAAGAGCAGAAAAUGGGGACAAGCUCACUCGCAAGCCCGGUUUUCCAUUCUGAAGUGCUUCCUCGAGGCUGGCGACGAUUUCUGCAAACUGGAAUAUAAUGGCGACGACUUAACCGGCUUGACGAUCAACUUGGAUCGCUCGAAGAUCCUAACGGCAGGCCGGAAAGCGGUGGGCGACUACCUCCAGAAGUUGCAUAUCUACAAAUCCACGGCCGAUGUCGAGGCCGGAACGAAGUUCUACACCGAAAUGACGGAUGUCGAGCCAGAAUUUUGGGGCAAGAAGGUUAGGGAUGAGGUGUUGCGCAACAAGCAGCCUCGGAAGGUAUUUGUGCAAGCCAAUACAUACCUAGACGAGGCUACUGGUAAAGUUACAUUGAAGCAUUAUGAUGCAACACCCGAGGGCAUGAUACAGAGCUGGGCAGAGCGAAAUGUCUAG